AUGGCAUUUGUUAAGGUUCUCACAUUUUUUGCGUUAUUGGCGGUUGUAACGGCUUAUGGUCAAGGAGGAUCUCUGAGAUACUCCUCCGUGUUUCAAGACUCACCAGUUGGAUAUCAUAAUUACGGAAAUCAUGGUUAUGGGCACUACAAUUAUAGGCACCAUGGAUACCAAAACUAUGCUAAUCACGGGCAUGGUUAUGGAUAUGGCGCCCUAAGUUACUCAAAUCUAGUAAAAUACAACAACCACUACGCUCAUGGAUACACUGGCCAUGGCCUCAACCACGGCUACCAUGAGUUAGUUUAUGCAGGACAUAGCUUAAACUAUGAUCACCGCAAUUUUUGUGCACAUAAACAUGAUUAUCAUCACGUAAGGUUAAAACUAGGUGCAAGUGGCAUUUCGACUUAA